CGAAUAUGGCGGCGCCCACUGAAUGUUGUCUGCCUCCUGUAGAUCGGACGCUAGCGAUCGCUGGUCCGUACAAAACGCGGCUGACUCAGCGGAUCUGUGGCAACGAGAGUGGAACGGCCCGCCAUCGUGUCAAGCCAGCCAUGAAGAAGCGAAGCUCGAAACUGAAGACGAAGGAUGCAUUGAGUCGCGUCGACAAGAUGCACUUGGCACAGUCAGAGGUGCUGGAGGACCUACCAUUGGCGAUCAGCAGCAAGAUCACCAUGUCCGAUGAAGAGCUGGUGCACCUCUCAGUGCGUGACCUCAAUCGCCAGUUGAAAGCAUCCGGCCUGACCCGGUCCGAAAUUGUCAAGAUGAAGCAGCGGCGGAGGACACUCAAGAACCGAGGCUAUGCAGCGAGCUGUCGCAACAAACGGCUAGAGCAAAAGGAUGACUUGGAAGGUGAACGGGCAGUGGUGAUCCAAGAGAUCACAAGACUUCAGGAGGAGAACAAGACAUUGGAGGGUGAAGUGGACAACUUGCGCUCAAAGUACUCAACCCUGCUGGACUAUGCCCGCAAGCAGGGCAUCCCUUUACCAGAUGACCUGAACGCCAACUUCUAGCUGAUGCUACUCAUCUAUCAUCUUCCCUCACGCAGCAUGCUCAUUUAUUUGACUUUUUCACGCAUACCCGAACAUGAAAUAUUCAUGUGCUGUGGUAUGAGAGUCACUAUGGUAUCGUCCUAACACGAGGAUGGUGUUAUCAUGUCAGAAAAAUGGUACAGAGGCCUCUGUUGUAACUUUAUCUAAUAGGUGGCCGUGCACAAGCUUGUAAAGCUGACCUUCCAUUUUGACGUGGUUAGAUGAUCAAAAAAAUGUAUUGCUGUGUAUUUCAGUUCAGUCAUGUCUUGUGUAGCAUGUUCUGCAGUCAGUGAAACAUUGGGUCUGCUGCAUGUUUUCUUCUUUAUGGUUAUUAUUUGACUAUUAGGAUAUUGUCUUAUAUAUGAUGUAUCUGUGCUAGCCACCAUUGUCAAUGAGAACGAGGAUUAUUGCAUGUUUUUUUGUUGCAUGUGUAAAACUUCAUGACUGCUUUGAACACGGUCAUACCUUUACAGUUUUACAGCAGUUCUGCUUUAAUCUGCGUAUUUAAUGCAGUCUAAUGCUUCGUGAGCUAUUGCCCAGUUGAGUAUGACUGUCACGCUGUUCGAGAACAUGAUUUGCCUGUUGUUUACAGUUAGUUGCCUGCUAUAAAGCAUGCAGUUGUAUUAGUGCAUGCUUCAUUGUUAUUACACUGCAUACAUUGUUAUUGCUGUACAUAUACUUUAUUUUAGUACGGUCUUGGGGAGGCAUUGCGUGUUGUUGCUUAUUUAUCUAUCCCAAUAAAAGCUCUUAUACACAAGUA